AUGCCGUUAAGCGGGGACGGGCCAUUCAACAGUUUCACGAGAUCCGUUGUGCGAGUCCGUCAGUUGUACCCAGCACGUCGCGCGGGCACCAAGGCUGGCUACCGCGACUGGAACCCAGGGCCGAAUCCUAUACUGAACUUUCCCAUAGCAAGACUGUUGACUGAUUCUGGCCAUCUCAGAGACAAUGGGAUCUUCCAGGCCUGUCCGCCCAGCAUUUUCACGCUAGGUGAUAGCGGGCGUCGAGAAUGCAGCUAUUGA